GGUUACGUCGCUGGGAUCCCAGCCUUGCUAACGUGGUGCUCCCCAUGGAAGGGAUGGAUCGUGCUCCUCUUGCUCCUCUCAGCCUGGAGGUGGCUCCUGAAUGCUCUGCACCCAGACGUGAUGGGGUGGGGCCCAUGGGCAUGGCAGUGCCCCGGGCACUGUGUGUGUGCUGCAGGCAGAGACAGCCACAGCGAGGAGUCGGGAGGGAAACAGCAAAGAGAGCAGGUCAGGGAGGGGAGGAGAAACUAUUUCUUCCCCUUGAAGGCGCCUGAAAUAAGUGUGCAUUGCAGCAGAGCUGCUGCCUGCACCACGUCUGCCAUUGCCAUUCCAGUGAGAGGAGCUUCGGUGGCAGUCGAUGUGAGAACUCAUUACUUUGCUCUUUGAGGGAGAGAGGCUGUGCAUUGGAUUCACCAGGAACCGCAGAAACAAAAGGAGGCUGGAGGAGAGCGGGAGGCAAGCAGGGAUAAACUAGAGGCAGAUUGGCGGGAUAUACAUACAUUGCAAGCAGAAUUCUGUAUGGCAGAAUAAACGAGGUGCAAAGCUUGCUGGAAAUAGCAGGGGAAGAAAGACUGGAGUGUAUUUACAAGACAGGUUUGUCAGAAUUCCAAAAUAACCGGCUGGGGAGUUGCACACGGAGUCUGCAAAGGCAGAGGAAGCACGGCGUGGUGGCGAGCCGCUGCUUUUACAUGUGCAGGGGCUGAAACGUGGGCUUGGUUUUCCUCCUUGAUCAGGUGUGCUCCGAGGUUGGGCCCUGCUGCAGAUCCGGGAGCACGUCCUGCUCUGACCUUGCCAGCACACGAAGCGUUUCCUUCCGUGAAUCCGUAUGCACAUGCGGACGGGUAGGAGCCAACGCACACAGCUGUAAGCUCGGUCGCUGAGCCCGGCGCUGCCGCCCCCGAGAGCCGCGGGCCCCGCGCAGUUCCCCCGCGCCCAGGACCCGCGGCACCGCGGCCAUGUCUCUGCCGGGGAGCAGACGCUCGUCCACCGGAUCACGAAGUCGCGGGCUUUAUGGACGGAGUGGCUUUGCCUCCUUCUUUAAGUCGUCAGCGCCCUCAGCCACUCGGCCUGAGACACAGCCUCUUCUCCCUGCCUCCAGGCGCCCCUCGCCCCCCGGGAGGGACACCUACGGCACCUCCUCGCUGAGCAGCAGCAGCAAUUCUGGCUCCUACAAGGGCAGCGACAGCAGCCCCACCCCAAGGCGCUCGGCCAAGUACAACCUGUGCAGCGACAACCAUGGCAUCAAGCCUCCGACACCCGAGCAAUACCUGACCCCGCUGCAGCAGAAGGAGGUGUGCAUCCGGCACCUGAAGGCCCGCCUGAAGGACACGCAGGAGCGGCUGCAGGACAGGGAUGCUGAGAUCGAGGACCUGAAGACGCAGCUGUCGCGGAUGCAGGAGGACUGGAUCGAGGAGGAGUGCCACCGCGUGGAGGCCCAGCUGGCGCUGAAGGAGGCCCGCAAGGAGAUCAAGCAGCUGAAGCAGGUGAUCGACACGGUGAAGAACAACCUGCUGGAGAAGGACAAGGGGCUGCAGAAGUACUUCGUCGACAUCAACAUCCAGAACAAGAAGCUGGAGACGCUGCUGCACAGCAUGGAGGUGGCGCAGAACGGCGCGGCGCUGAAGGAGGAGGGGGCCGCCGAGUCGGCGGGGGGGUCCCCGGCGCGUUCCCUCACCCGCAGCUCCACCUACACCAAGCUGAGCGACCAGGCGGGCGGCGAGCGCACCGCGGGCGGAUCCCAGACCAUCUCGGUGGACGAAGGGGCCGACAGCGGCUUCGCUGGGGGGGACGAAGCCCCCGGCCGCCCGGACUUGUUAGAAGGGGGAGAGCCCUGCGGGCGGCUGCCCCCCAGUUCCACCUACGAGAAGCUGCUGGGGCUGCGGGGCGGCGUGGAGGCGGGCGUGCAGGCCAGCUGCAUGCAGGAGCGCGCCAUCCAGACGGACUUUGCGCACUGCCAGCCCGACCUGGACACCCUCCUGGAGAAGGUGAUGAAAUCCCAAGCGUGCAGCUUGGGCAGCCCCACCUCCGUUUGGGUGUCCGAGAUGGAAGACGUGGCGCCGGGCUGCGAGCUGCCGAACCCCGCCGGGGCUGUGGACCUGGAGCCCGAGGAUGGGGAGGUGCCGCACAACCCCGCCGUGCAGCAGCCCCGCAGCGCCAGCCCCUCGGUGACCAUCGCCUGCGCGCCCGAGGAGGAUGCGACAGCGGAGCCGGGCUGCGACGGCGCUCCAUCCAAGAGCUACUGGAGCCGCCACUUCAUCGUGGAUCUGCUGGCCGUGGUGGUGCCGGCCGUGCCCACGGUGGCGUGGCUGUGCCGCUCGCAGCGGCGCCAGGGGCAGCCCAUCUACAACAUCAGCUCGCUGCUGCGCGGCUGCUGCACCGUGGCCCUGCACUCCAUCCGCAGGAUGGGCUGCCGCGCCGUCAGCAGCCCCAACCCUGGGGGAAGCGCGCAGCCCUGACCCCCCACCCCCGCCCUGCACCCCGUGCUGCUCCCCUGCCCACCAAGGAGCCGACCGCUGAUUGUAGAGCCCCGUGCUGGGGGACGCGGCGCUCCGUCCGCUCCGCUCCUUGUGCAGCCCCCAGGGGUGGGGGUGAAAGGGGCACGGGGUGGGCGUGCUGCUGCUCUGAGCCUUUGUCCCCAAGGAUACCGAGGGCCGGGCACGGUGACACGAGGGGUGGCCAGACCCUGUCCCCGCGCACGGCUCUGCUCUGCGGUGCUGGGGAUGUCACCCCCCGGGGUCACCCCAUGGCACUUUGCUUUCUUUUCGGUUGUCCUCGCACGGACCCGGGGACAUCGCUGCAGGGGGAGAUGGCGAGGAGGCGCCCAGCACCGGGGUGGGGGCUGCGAUGGGGCUGCAGCCUGGCCCCAUCCACUCCCCCCGGCAUGCUCCUUGCUCCGGGUGCAGCAUCGCAUGACGGGACGUGCAGGAGGACAGAGGGAACCCCCGGACAUGGGGGGUGGAAAUGGGAUGGAACUGGAUAUACCUCACACCCGAGCAAGGCUGAGCCGCCCGCAGCGCCGUCCGUCCCGUUCCGUUCAUUCAUUUGCUUUGCACUAUAUUCACUUUCAUUUCCUUUUGGUAAAGUUGAGGCCCUGGGACCGGGUCUGGCCGCUGUGGAGUGGGACUGGACACCCUCUUGGUUUGGGUGCAUCUUUGUCCACCCCUCCCAGCCCAAGCCCCAUUUUCCCUGGGGGGGGGGGCCUACUGCAAAAUGCCUUUUUUUUGUUGGGGAUGGGGGGGAGUUGUUUUAUUUAUUUCUUUCUUUUUGGGAAAGCAAAGACAGCAAAGAUUGGUCAGCGGGGGCUGCCCCCGGGUGUACCGAGGGGUCCCAGCCCCCAGCGCGAAUGUCUGCAGCUUCCUCGUGACUUGAAGCAGUGGUGUCCCCCCCCCACCACAGGACGCUGUGCCCCGCGUGCCCCCACAGCCCCCAGAUCCAUGGGGUGGGGGCUGGUGCCGCGUGCGGAGUUUGGGGAGCAGCGGUCGGAGCGAGCGGCCCUGGGCUAUAACCUCUCGUGCAAUGUAUUUGUGGAUCCGUGUACGCGUCUGUCCGACUAUCCAAAGCUUAGCCAAGAAAUAAAUGUAACGUUAUAUUUGAAAGACAAA